AUGCAAGGCGAGGCUUCGUCCGAUGGUGUCUUAAACGACGAGCCGCAUCAUGCAGCAGUAUGUAGAAAGGUGGGGAAAGUAUUUUUUUUUCCGUAGCAAUCGAGGUAGAGAUGUGGGAAUUUAACUCAAUGCCUAAAUAAUUGAUUUUUGCUGUAGCUCACCACCGUUGAAAAAGGUUUAAGUUUUUGGCGUGAAGCCGUAAACGAAAGUCCUGUGUGAUAUUCGUUUUCUUUAGCACAUCCUUCUUAGCGGACUCCAGUGUUAAACCUUUUAAAUUUUUUUCCUUUCUGAAAGAGCUGGCCAACGAGCGUUUUUGUAUUAUAACUACCCUUUUCAAUGACAGUAUUUCUGAAUAAAGGAAUUCUUGCGGUUACCAUCUCAGAAUUGCGCAAGACAAGAAGAUCGAGAUGGGUUUCGUUGUAAGGCCUGGGGUUAUGAAUAUUUCGGUGUCCAAGUUACAUUCAUAGCAUAAAAAAGAGUGGAAAACAUUUCACAACCUGCAGGUUUCGCAAUACCCAGGUCAACUUCUUUUCUCGUUCUGUGAUAAAUGUCUUCAAUUCAGUCUUCGCGUUUAUAUUGAGCAAUAAGCUUAAGCUUAAGUAUUUUGACGUAUCCGUCAGCGUUCUGCGCAUAGACAAGCCUUUUUCGGUUUUCUUCAAGCUCCCAAGUUUAUUUCUUCUUAAGGUGUUCAAUAUAAUAUGUAAGAAAGAAUCUAUAGACGUCCGCGGUCAAAAUUUAAUCUUUACUUUUUCGGUUUGAAAUUUGCGUAGCGAUACUCGACUCUUCUCUAAUAGAUGAGAACGUCUCUCCUUGAAAGCUAACAAACCCCUUGAUGUCAGAUGAAAUAUACCAACGAGCUAUUUAUAGCACGGCAUCUACCGUGAAACUGAGCGAAUGUCUCAGAUUAAACCAUUUAACGCUUAGCUAUGAGCAAUUCGAACCACCUUUCACAGCGAAAAACCGAUUUGAAACUGAAAGUUGCGUUGUAUCAGUAACUUUCUCGACGUUUAAUUAAAAAAUGCUUGCUCGAUAUUUGGCGAUAUACAUUCCAAUAAACUUAUUACGCAAGUUAGAACGUUUAAAAAUUCCUCAAGCGCAGUAUUUUGUCUGUCCUUGCCUUGAAAGUUGCACACUAUAUUUUGUAGGAUAUAUCUGAUCUCUGUCUACAUAUUGGAACUGGGAUUAAUGGUAAUAAGUUAUUGAUGUUUUACCGAUCUGUGCUUUGUUGCUUUUGUUUAUUAACAUAAUUAAAUCAGCUGAACAGUUUAGAUCAAUGACAAGAUAGCCAUUGUUUUUUCAUUGUUUAGGCGAAAUUAGUUUCAGUGAAAUUUCUUAGUUUAAUUUGCCCAAGAGCCUUCAGUUCACUGAUGCAUGACUAACUAGCUGGUUAAAUUAAUUACCAGGAUGAAUAUUAGAUGCUGGAAAAAGGAAAAUUGUUUCCUUCGGUGUGCAUGAGCCAUGGAAACAAAGUUGUUAGUUUGCAAGAGUAUUAAUGCUGAAGCGAGAAUUUUGGAAACCAGUUGUAAAGACUGUACACACUACUUCUUUGUUAAGUUUUUCCUUGCUUCCUCCACUUUAAGAGGAGUCAAAAAAUUAAAUUUCCAGUUUUGAUUUUUUAAAACUUGAAUGUAAAAAUACUUAUGUUCUCUGAGGAGGUCACUCACAUCUGUCAUACCACUGUACACCCUUAUUAGGGAGCUUAAGUAACGACGACGGCGACAGCAACGAGAAUGGCAAAGAAGCAAUAGGUUUAGAUUGGCAAAACCACAAGUUUGCAUGUGCAUCAUACUUUUUGGUACAUUUCUUAGCCAUCGUUGCAUGACUACAACGUGAAAGUGCCUCAUUUUAUGUUUUGUCGAGGACGGGAACACAAGACAACAACUUUCUUUUUCUUUUCCCAAACUUAAGAAUUCAACUCCAAAAACAUUUGCGAGCGUUUGUCGAAUUAAGCAAGAUAGAAUAAGCGCAAUAAAAUCUGAGGCUGAGCUAAUUCACUUUUAAGUGACGUUUUCAUAGCCGUCGCCGUUGUUGAAGGUUCCUGAAAAGGCGUUUCAGUGCAUUUUGAGUGACCAGGAAAAGAAAUUUUAGCCAUGAGAAUGAUGCCUUGAUUUACCCACAUUUCCAAACAUCAACAAAACAAAAGUGUUGUUAACCAAAUUAAAGUGAAAUAUGGAUGGAUUUCUAGUCCCACUUAUGUUUCUGCAGAGCAAAAAAGAUGUCGGUAGUGUACCAUGUAUGUGACCAAUUUUGACGUCAAAUAGUUUGUAAUAUUUCUCUCAAUCAAUGUACUGUUUUGGCAAUAAAACCAAGUAAAUACAUUGAUGAUGCAACUCUGGCAUGACUUCUAUCACAACAUUAAGGCCAGCUACAUGGGCAGCAAUGUCUUUCGACUUUGAUCUCGCCACUAAAAUUUUAGAUUUACCGGUAAGAUUUUUAUCUGACUGUAUUGUUUGAGCGGACAUAUUGUUAAACUUACCUUUAAACUCCUGCCAGCAACAUGACAAAUUCCAUCACCUGUGAAACUAAUAAAAUGUCAUUUACCAAUGCUGCAGCAGCUUUGCAUUGUACAUCUUUUUAUUGGCAUGUUAUUUUUUUUUUCUUUUGUGAUUUUUUGGAAAGGCACAGCAGUUAUCUGUUCAAAUUUGGCUUUAAUCAGCUGUCACUUAAUAUAUUACCCUGCAAACGUAGCCAUACAGUAUUUCCGUCCGAUUGUCACUUCUUUCCACUUUAACAGUUGCUUUUUGGGUGGAGAGGAGCUACGACUGGAAAUACAUCUGUUUUCGCGGGCUUAUAUCACCAGAGAAGAUGUUCAAAAAGGCUGGUGGAAUGAUAUUUUCACUUUUUUGUUGAUUUUAGUAGAAAUAAGCAUGUACAAUGGUGCAGUUAUCUUUAAGUGACAAGGUGCUUUACAGCCACUGUUUCAUCAGGAGCAGGCAUUAAUUUAUUUGACAUUAAAUGUGCAGUGCAACCAUACAAAUAACAUAAGUAGAAAUUAACGUGACUGAUUCUAGUGUUCUGAAAUUCAUACAGGAUAUUUUUUAAAGUGCAAUCUUUUAUUUACAUGACAAGUUAAAAAUAGAAAAUAAAAAAACAUGCAACCUUCCCAAAACCAAUUAAGAGCUGUAGUAAUAAAUUUAAGUUGCAUGAAAAAUGUUGAAAUUGAAUGCUGUCUUCAACACAUUAUAACAGCAAUUGGUUUUCUUUAAUAAUUUAACUUUGCACGUUCAUCAACCUUACCCCCAUCUCUUUCAUAUGAAGGUCCUACCCCCCACCUCCCCCGCUUCCACCCAAGCUAGGGAAUGACUAUGGUUAAGAGAUUACUGGCAAUAUAGUCUAAAUUUAUUCAGUGCUGUCAUCAGCAAGAAUAAAUGCACCAGCUGGCAUUGCUUAUUUUGCCUUAAGUGGUUUUAGCAUCCCUUAUCAAAUAUAGUUCACCACUAAUCUUGUAGUCAUUGACGUUUUUGAGUUGUAAAGAGAUGAAUAACCAGAUCCUGAGCAAUGCUAAAAGUCAGGGCACAGUUCUGUUAAAAACCACUUGUUAACUUUUUAAGCCCAAAUAUCCACAAACAAAUUCUCCAAACUGAUCUUUCUACGUUUCCUUUAAGAAUUGGUUGAGAGAAUUUGAUAAAAGAUCAUGGCAUUUUCUCUUUGGUGAUCAUUUUAUUAAUUCUCAUAACUUUAUGUCUUCAUAAUGUAUGGAUAUUGUUAGGUGAAAGUUGUUGUUGGUCAGCAUUGGCACCAAUAAGGGGUUAAGUACAGCUGUUAGACUACAGGUUUCUAGUAGUCUCUUAUUGCAAUCAGUACUUUUCUUCAUAGGUUUUCUUUUGAGGGGUCAUUAAGUAAUAAUUACUUACCUUAUAUGUACAGCUGUGUUUUGUUUUGUGUCUCCUUUUCAUUAAGUAUGCACAGAUGUGUAUGUGCAUGAAAAAAAUUAUAAACAAAAGUUCAUUAUAAUUGUUUUGGAUCUCCCAGCUGUACAUGUGCUGAACCACAUGGUAAUAAAAUAAUUAAUCAUUAAACCCAAAUGUUAUGUUUGCUCCAUGAGGAAAUGUUGGUUUUGUGACUUAAUAUUUCUUUUUGUAAUUUGACAUUUUUUGCCACCAGGUUUUUAGUAGUAUAAAAACACAUGGAACUGAUAUAGAACUCACUUCAAUCAAUAGGAUUCUUUGAAUACACACCUACCAUCCUACCUCAACUGUAGUAAAUGCUUCUGACUAAUUAGUGCAAAAUGUUGGAUUAGGGAAGGGGUACGUGUGUAUUUUACAGGGUUCUCAUUAAGUACAGGUAACCUGUAAAAAAAUGGCUACUUGGAAUUUUGAGCCUCCUACCUCUGGGGAAAAAGGCUGGGGUGAGAAAGUGAAAGCCUGGGCUGAGGCUGGGUUAAAGCUGGGUUAAGAUAACCAAGGGUUAGUGCAAGAUUUGAAUUCAGAUUUGAAAGCUUAAAAAGCAUUUCAGUUUGCAUUCUUUUUGUCUGCAAGUUGAUGAUUGGAAGCUCUAAAAGUAACGGAGAAAAUUAUGCGAGAAAAUGUUUUGAACACAAGAAAAAGAAACCAGGGUUAAAUUUAACCUCGUGUUAAGCGCUAAUUGGCCUUUGAACAACUGGGCCCUGGAAUUGCCUUUAGCACUCAAAACAUCUACAUGUACUUUUACAUCCUAUAGGUAUUUACCAUAAGACUCAAUGCGAAAAAAACCUAAAUUUACCAGAGUUUUAUACCAAUCUGCAUUCUCACUUAAAAGGGAACACUUUUUCCAGUCCUUGCCUGACUUUGUCAAUAUAUCAAGUUGUAUUACCUUUGUUAGGUUCUACUCAUAGCCCAGUCAAAAUGCCUCACAACAGUGGGCAGGAUGGCAAAAUCCCAGGGGGCUGGGGAACUCCCUUUAAUAGCCCAUAUGGGGAGGCUCUGCCUGAGCUAAUAGAGGCUUUUUCAGGCUUCAGGUACAGCUGUAUACGAAAGAGUAGGGAUUUCACUUGUUGAAGUAUAUCGAAGGGUAGGGAAAUGUGUCAUUUCGGUCAGUAAAAAGGGUCAAAAGGGAGAACAGAUGCAUUUUGCGGCUGUGAAAAAGUUAAGAAAACGUUCUGGUUUUGUGAUUUAUUCAAAAUCUAAAGAGAGUGCAUUUAAUUACAGCAAAUUAUUAAAGCUAUAAGGUGGAUGCAAAGUUCUACUUAGUAUUUGAAAGGGGUACCAUUCGUCAGUAAAAAGUAUACGAUAGGGGUACCUUUUCUGCCAAAAAUGGUAAAUAAAGGGGUGAGGGGUCAGACCUCAGGGCUCUAGCCUCCCCGUAUUAUUUUCUUGUUAGUACCCCCAGUGAGGAGGGAUUGGGGUUGGAGGGGGACAAAAUGGUGUGCUGUCGAACCAUUUUGACUGGGGCUGCACUUAUGGAGGGAUUGACAAUGCCUAAGGGAAAACCAAACUUUUGCAAAUGUGAAACAUGAACCAUAAAUAAACCACAUAACCAUAAAAAAAUUUAUAAUUUAUAAUUGUAAAAAAAAUGUACAAUAGCGUACAUGGCAUACUGUUUAACUAUAUAGCUUAAAUUGCACAGAUCCUCUUAGACCACUGAUCCUUUUCAGAUUAUUUUUACCUUCAUAGUUACUUGAAAAACCAGUGUCAAAAGUUGAAGACGUGGUAAAUCAAGUCUUUUGUUGGAGGGGCUUAAAUGUGUAAAUCUCUCAAUGACCUUUCAGUUGUGAAAAUUUUGGAAUUAAAGUUGAUCAAAUAUUUAAAGCCGGGUAAUGGCAUGUUGUCUUCAUAAUAGCAAUAAUUAGGCAUUAAAGGUUUUUCAUGUGUUUAAUCUCUUCAAUGUGUUUUGUUUUUGUCGUUGUUGAAUUAAAGCGCUGCAGUCUUAAGAGUUAAUACACUACUAACAGAGACUGAUGUGAGAAGUCUUUUCUUUUUUCACAGAUGGAGAAACUUAUCCAUCAAAUGCAGGAUGAAAAGACUGGAGUGCCCAUUAGAACUGUAAAGAGUUUCAUGUCCAGAAUUCCUAGUGUUUUUACAGGUGAACAGCAGUUUAAAAAUACUAGUAGUUAAACAAAAUAAUGAAUAUUUUGUAAAUUGGAGUUGUAAUUUUCAUGGGUUAGAGUGGAACAGAAGAGCAUUUGAAAUCUGUAUGUUUAUAUAUUACAGUCGAACCUCUUAUGGCCUGCACCUCUCCACAACGGCCUCCUUUCUACAACAGCCACUUUUUUGGUGGAUAUUUCAUACAUUGACUCUUGUUUAAACCUCUCUACAACAACCACUUUCUUGUGCCCAAGGUGGCCAUUGUGGAGACUGAGGUUCCUUUGUAUAUAAGAGCUUAGGAGCUGUUUUGGAAUAAUGCAUGUCUAGGGAUCUACCUGAAUGCAGCCUUCUUGUAAUUCCUACAUGUGCGCAUGGUCUGUUUUGUUAGGUGAGUUUUACAUUACAGCUGUCUUCCUCAAGGAUAGUAAAAUAAAUUAAAGUGGAAAGCAUAACCCUUUAAGCCCCGAGAUCCACAUACAAAUUCUCCAGACUGAUCUCCAUUCAUUUCUUUCAAGAAUAGUUGAGAGAAUUUGGUUUACAAUCAAAGCAUUCUCCCUUUGAUAAUCAAUUUAGUAAUUCUCAUAACCUUUACUCUUGUUCACCCGCUGAUGUUGUAAGGAGAAAAUUGAUGUUGGCCACUCUUGUGACCUAAAGGGAUAAAGGGGCGAGGAUAUUGCUGUGUUAGAUCAAUUCUGUACUGAAGUCAUUACUUUAAGUUCCCUUACCCAUACACAAAAUGCUCUAUUAGAAGAAGAUAUCAAACAUGUUUGAUCAGGAGGCAAUAAGCAUAAUUAUUAUACAUUGUACUCACUAUCUGUCUUCCCGCUGGCUAACAGCCUACAGCUAAUUUUGGAAAUCAGGUCAACCUAUAGAUUAGUCAGUUAUCUGCUAGCAAAUAACUGACUAAUCUGUAGGUUGCGCACACAAUGCAUGAUUUCCAAUAACCACAUCAAUUUAGGUUCAUUGCGACGGUGUGUUUGUCAUUAUUUUCUUCAAAACAAUGUAUAAUAAAAAUCUUCAAUGUUUAAUCAAGUUUGGGCUUAUAGAAUUUAAUGUCACAGUUUUUCAAUGACCAUGAAAUUCAGAAUCUGGGUAGCUAGUUAAUAAUAUUAGUUGUGGCCCUGAAAAAAUUUGAAGGAAAAAAAAAACUACGAAUUUUUAAGAAAAUGCUUUUGUCGUGAGAAGGACUCUUAAACGCUGACAAAUGUCAACAAAUAACCAAAACUAUAAUUUGUAUAUGUUUACAUCACGCGCAAUUAAAAGGCCCUAAAGCUUUUUGCUGACUUGCAAGGACCCAUAUGUUAUUCUCGGUUUUCACAUGACGUCACCAUAAUUCAGACUAAGAAAAUACAGCUUCCUCUGAGUUUCUACUUUCGUGUGAUAUUAGAGCAGCUUAAGACCUUCAUAGAAACAAAUUUUCGGUUCAAAAGGGUUCUCUGUUUUGCGAUACAGGAUGCCUGAAUUUCCAGGCUUUUGCGUGACGCGUCAUUUAGCUGGCGGCUGGGAAAGCUCUCUUGUGGGUUAAAAACAUUACGGAUUCUUAGAGAUUUUGCUCUCUAAACAUUCCUUGUAUUAGAAUAAUAUUAAUCUUUAUAAGUUCCUCAAGCAAAGAAUUCAUGCAUAAGUAGCAAAACUCAAAAACAGAUGUUUCUGUUGGUUUCCGGCGGCCAUAUUUGUUCCCCUGAAAGGGACACAAACAGGGCGUCUCCAUACAAAGCUUUAUAAAUUUGGGUAAAACGUUUUUCCGAAUAUCUCGCAUAUGAACUGUUGCUUAGACUUGAUUCUUGGCAAGGCUUUUUGUAUAUUUAUCUUCUUUCAUUUCCCAGAUUCUAGACUUUCUGUAUUAAAAGGUUUCCGUUUUUAUUUCUGCUUCCUCACGUGAGUGAAAACCAAGAAUAAAGAACUCCAGAAUAAAGAGAUAAAUGUCACAGUUUAUUAGACCUAAUCGUGUAAAAUUUGCUUAUCAUUUUCACAUAAAUUAUGACCUAAAUUUGCAAACCGCUGAAUUUCUCGCAUUGGGUCUUUGCGAUUUUGGUGAAACUCUGUUCAACCCAAGGCACUAAUGUGCACUAUAUGUAGCCGAAAGAUUUUCACAAAAAAAUGCCAGCAACAGUAGAAUUUCGACUCAGACUCCAAAGAGGCGUGGCACUACAACCACGUGACAUUUACUCGGAACGGCAAAAAUUUUAUAUUAUAUUGUAGAUUGAUCUACAUGUUAUCCAUGCUAUAUGUUUGACUUACUAUCAAAGGAAAGGUGGGGAUACCAGAGAGCUUCAAAGUAGGAUGGUACCCUCACAAAAUAACUGGAUCGAGUCACCUUAAAGUCCUGUUACUAUAUGGACUGGGAAUGUGCAUUUUUGUACCAUCUGUGAAAUUGCAUUUGUGUAGGUGGUGCUUGAAAAUCAAAUGUGGUCCUUGAAAAGUCCUUAAAAAGUGGUUGCAUUGUUUUGUAUGAACCCUGCCAUCCUCGAAGACCCAGGGACAGUCAGUUGGGCUGGGAGAAAAGGCACGAUGAAAGUACAGUGAAACCUCUAUUAAGCGGACACCCUCUAUUAAGCAGACACUAGGCGGGGUCCCGAAAUUAACGUCUCAUAUUUCCCUUUAUAACGAACCUCUAUUCAGCGGACACCUCCAUUAAGCGGACGCAGACACUUGAAUUAAUGAUAAUUGGCUAAUUUCUAUUGUUAAAAACCUCUAUUAAGCGGACAGCGGACUGAAUUGACAAUGGUAGUAUUGGAUUACUUCCUUGAAAUAUGUUCUGUAGUUGAUUAAUAAAGAUAAAUCAAUACAUUUGGCUGUCAAUGAACUGUAGAUUAGACGGAUAUCCGGCAGUAUUAUUGUCAUCCGCGAUCAAAGUUCACCUAAAAGUCAUGCGCAAAGUACAGCACAGCUUCCUUAGUUUCCUCAACAACAUGGAACUUAAUCACAAUACAGAGUAACCGUUAAUGUUAAUGUUAAUCGUUAACAAACGUUGCACAAUUUUUACAAACCUCUAUUAAGCGGACACCCUCUAUUAAGCAGACACUUGGGAAGGUCCUGAAGGUGUCCGCUUAAUAGAGGUUUCACUGUAUUCAGGUACGGGCGGAAGAACCCUUGGGUACUGACUCUCACCAGACCAUUUCCAAAUGGUCGAGCAAAUGUUGGCUCCUGAUUGGGCACAGAAAAUGCUUUGUAUUAUUGUGCCAAAUCGGAACAGCGUCUCCUGAGUUCUUUUCAUUAGUUCGUACACGACAGCUUUUGUCUCACCAUAUUUGUCCAUUUCGUUCACCAACGUUUUAUGUGCAAGAGGAACUUUCAUUUCCUACUUUCCUAACCAGAAACAAAGGAACUACCAAUGAAUCAGAUAAACGUUUCAGAUGGUAUCAGCAGGAAAAUUUCAACUUGCAUCGAGAAAAUUUUGUUUGUGACUGAUCACAAGGUAUCGUAAAAUUAAUAAUAGGGAGUUUAAGAUGCCAUGACUGCAACGACAAUGAGAACGUCAAAAAAGUAAUAGCUUGACCAAGCAAAACAACAACUUUGCAUGUGCAUCACAUUUUUUUGUACAUUCUUUGCUGUCACUGCAUGCCGUAGCCGUGCAGUGAUGGCAAAGAAAUGUACAAAAAAGCACGAUGCACAUGUAGAGUUGUUGUUUUGUCAAUCUAAACCUAUUGCUUUUUUGCCAUUCUUGUUGAUGUUGCCUUUAUCGUUGCUUAAGCUCCCUAUUCAUGUUUUGAUGGGGCAACUGAAUAAAGUUCAUUUUCAUUUUGCAGGUAGUGAGCUUGUCGACUGGGUCAUGGCUAAUCUUUCGAUUGAAGACAGAGGUAGUAAAUUAACCUUGUUCGUGAAUACCUUUAUUACAAAAAGAAAUGAACAGAGACACAAACAAGGACUGGCUAAGAAAACUACAUGUUGUAAAAGCAAGGAAUAAUAAUUAUAUUGCUUCUACUAAGUUUUUGCAACCAUCCUAUAUUGUUUCAUAGUGUUCUCAAAUACUUUGUGGGAGAGCCAUUCUUGGUUAUGAGGAACUGGCUUAAAUUGCAACCUCUUGGAAGAACUUUGACUGCAUACAGCAGUGGCGGAUCUAGACCUUCAGAUAAGGGGGGCGGUCUCCAAAAAAAUUUUUUGUUGGCCUAAAAAUAAGGGGGCAGGGGCAGGGGUAGGGGCAGAGGCGAGCCUUCUAGGCCCCUCCACUAGAUCCGCCACUGUACAGGGUAUGUGUCACUUCGAAGGGUACAUGUGUGUGGUACAAUGCAAAGUACCCUUGCCACGCCUACCCCUGAAAAUUUUACAAAUGAACUAAAUUAAUAUCAACUCAACAACAUUUUAACUGACUGCUUUAAUUCUCACACAGGUGCCGCAGUUCAUUUGGCUUCUCUUUUGGCGGCUUAUGGAUAUAUUUUUUCAAUUACUGAUCACCAUUUAAUGGUUAAAGACGAUGCUUCAUAUUACAGAUUUCAGGUGUGUUGAACUUUGACUGACGAAAGAUCUUUUAAAUAUUUUCCAAGAAUAUUUUUUAUUUUGCUUAAAUAAUGCAUUCUACCCUAACUAUCCUGUUCUUAUUUUAGACACCAUUCUUUUGGCUAUCAAACAAUUGGGAACCAGAGAGUGUAGAUUAUGGUAAGGUAUUAUAAUAUACUUAAAGAUCACAGCCCAUUUCACAACUGAAAUAGGUCCUUGGCAGCUUGUAGCCUACAAAGCAGGCGUGUGUUGGAGCGGAAUCCAUGAAUUGUUUUCAGGGAUGACGUUGUCCUGCCAUCUUGUACGUUAAUACUACCAGAGAGUUGGGACGAGUCAAAAGUGUUUUUAAGGGAGAGGUAGAUGGGUUUAAAAUAGGGGAGGGGAGGAAAAAUACUCUCCUCUCUCCUCCCCACCCCUCCCCCCUUCCACCGCUCCUCCCCCUUAGUCUUUUUCGUUGCUUUUCAAGAUGGCGGCCACGAUCAAUGUACCUCCAAGUUUUCGUUAAAAAACGCCUGCUCUGCAGGCUAGGCAGUUUGGGAUCUGCCGAACAUGCCAAAAUAACUAUUAAUAAUUUUAUUAUUGUAUACAACCCUAAAUAUACCAGAGAUCAUUAUCAUCAUCAUUAUUAUUAGAUUUGUUUUGGCGAGGAGACCUCAAGAAACCACCCCAGGCUUAUAACAGAGGCCACCUCAAAUAUUGAUAUAUUUAAAAGUAAAAGAAGUGCUGUGCUUGUGCUGCUUGAAAAAAAUUGCUGGACCACAUGCAUUGUGACUCAGCAAUUUUUUCCAUAUACUCCAUUCCAGCACCCAUAAAAUCGUAUCUGACUUUCACUUUAACGUUGGCUCUGUAGCAGAUUUCUGCGUGCUCUUUGGUUUCUAUUUGUGGUAUUGUUGUAUUCCAUAAUUGUUGCAUAAGCAGAUCAUGUGACUACAAGCUGCAUAGUCUAUAUUGUUCUCUUAAGAGCACUAUUAUUGUAAAUUACAUUAGGCAACUCAGUUUGUUUAACUUAAUUGUGUCAUCAAACUUUGUGGCCAAUCUGCCUAUUUGACAUACUUGUCAUAAAUAAGCCAGUACAGUGAGGAAAUGAGGUCACAGCAGCAGAUUAAUAAAUGAUUUUAAGUGGCCCUGCUUUUAGCCUAUAUUUUGGCUCCUGUAGCAUCAAUAGUACAUGUAGUCAAAGGUAUGUUUUAAAAUAUUUUACCCACAUUGAUCACCACAAUCAUUCUUUUUGAUAAACUCUGUUUUUUUAAUUUCUAGCGGUCUAUUUGUGUAAAAGAACUAUGCAAAAUAAAUCAAGAUUAGAAUUGGAUGACUAUGAAGCGGUGAGUGAGACGUAAAUUAAUCUAGUAUUACAAGUUCUGUUCUUGUCAUUUUUUGUAUUACAUGUAGUGUUUUUCUGUAAUUGUGGUUAUUUUUCUUUCGUUACAAGCAGCAUGCAAAGAAAGUUGUGUCCGAUAGCCUGGGACUAGUGGAUUUUGCUAUUGGGCUAGUGAAUUCUGGUCUUAAUUUGCCUGAUGGGCAAAUAAAUUUUGGGGCAAACUCACAUACAGAAGAACUGUAAUCAAUCCUGCUCAUCAAAAAAUUUUUUUCGGGCGAAUCAAAAUGACUCUUGGGCUAGUACAUGCUAGCUGCAACUUGCCUGAAUGGCAAGCUGUAAAACUGACUUUCUUUCCGCCCUGAUGAGGCUCUUAAUAUUGACUUCCUUUCAUUUGCAGGAAAAUCUAGCCAAGCUACAAAGAACGCUGUCCAGGAAAUGGGAAUUUAUAUUCAUGCAAGCCGAGGCACAAGCAAGGUGACUAUUUAACCCUUUAAGCCCCAAAAGAUCCGCAUACAAAUUCUCCAGACUGAUCUCCACCCAUUUCUUUUAAGAACAGUUGAGAGAAUUUGGUUGAAGAUCAAAGCAUUCUCCCUUUGGUAAUCAAUUGAGUAAUUCUCAUAACCUUUACUCUUGAUGAUCCGUUGAUGUUGUUAGGAGAAAAUUGAUGUUGGUCACUCUUGGGACCUGAAGGGUUAACAAUUUAUUAUUCCACGAGUACCUGUUGGAUUUGAGAUGGUAUAGAGCCAAUGAGGCACGUAGUGCUGAGUUGGCUACAAUCUUCUCAUAUCCAACAAGUGCAAGUGGAAUAAUUAGGGAACUUACGAACCACGACGACGACUUUGUCGACAACGAUCGGAAGUGAGUUACAGUUUACUGCGCAAGCGUGACCAGUAAAUUUCGUCAUUGUGGUGUCAUCGACGACGCCAUGAAACAGUAGAAUCACUUCAUCCUGCAAUCCACAAGCUUCUGUAGCUAUAAAUUAACUGUUUUAAGCGAUUUUUGAAGUCCUUUGCAUUUUCUUAUGCUCGUACAUCCAGGUAUCGUUCCUUUUUUCUCCUAACAAACGAUGUUGAUUGAAAAUUCGACUAAUGAAUUGAUUUUACUUCGAAGAAUGACAACAGCUGUGGAGGCCGAGCGAGCGAACUCGUAAGUGAUAAAUAUAUUUGUACGUAUUUAGGUAAGACAAAUCAUAUAUCUUAAAUAUAAAGGAAAUAAACUUUAUGUGGAAAACAGCUAUCACAUCAGAAUGUCUUUUUUUCCAAAUCUAAACUCUGACAGACACUCAGACUCGGUCAUCUCAUUCAGGUUGAAAGUUGAAUAAUCUCCGUAAGGAAAGCAGGUGUUUUCCCACUCAAAAAGGUCAGACAACACAAAAGUUCUUCAUAGUCAAUGAAGUUAGAUGUACGGCUUAAAAAAUAAGAUCCUGCAUUGUUUUACAAGACGUCGAAAAACUUUGUUGCGAACGAACAUCACAGUUUUACAUUUGUGUUUACAUUCAGUGCCAUCGUCGUCGACCUGCCGACCAACUGCAUCUUAAGUUUCCUUUUUCCCACCGAAACUGAUGUUCCUGUUCCAGUCUUUUCCCAGUUAACAGACGCCGUCGUCGUGAACUUCGUCAUGGUUCUUAAGUUCCCUAUGGUUUUAUUAGAAACGCCCACAAAAUAUCGAGAAUUCUUCUGGACCUAUGUAUAAAAACAUCCGAUUUUCAGCUUGUUUUUAAUUGUGAGUAGAUGCAUACAGUUACCAUAUUUGGAGAGCAAGGUAUAAUGACUCAUAAAUGAUGGCUAAGCUAAUCAGCACUCUAGAAUUGCGUUAUCCAAUGAUUCAGUUUUUAAUAAUACCAUUUAUCCACGAACGUUCCGCUAUUCAAAGUAUGAACACAGGAAACCAGUUCAACCAGCUCAAGUGACCACCCUAGUAUCCAAAAUACAACAAAUCGGUUUUCAGUCAAAGCACAGUAAAUGUACAUCUACGUAUGCGUAUUACCUUACUGAAAGUGUCAGUUACUUUUAACUUUUGCAGCCUCUCAUAAAUGACAAGUUCCUGAAAGUAACCACUAAAUCUUGUCAUUUUGGGUGGUCCCUUAUUGGAGGUUAGACUGUUAAUUGCGUUGUAAAAAAAAUUGCUGAAAACAUUAACCCUUUAAGCCCCAAUAUCCACAUACAAAUUCUCCAAACUGUUCUUUAUACAUUUCCUUAAGGAAUAAGUUGAGAGAAUUUGGUAGAAGAUCAAAGCAUUUUCUCUUAGGUGAUCAUUUUAUUAACUCUCAUAACCAUUUCUCUUGGUAACAUAUGGAUAUUGUUAGGAGAAAAUUGAUCUUGGUCACUAUCAGGACUUAAAGGGUUAAUAUGUUUGUUAUCUGGCAGAGUUGAUAAGAAGAGAGACAAAAUGGAGAGACAAAUACUAGACAGUCAAGAACGAGCAUUUUGGAAUGUCCAUAGACCACCAGUAAGAUAUCUUAUUACAUGUACCAGCUUCACCUGAUUACAUUAUGUAAAACAUGAUUGCCACGAAAAUGUAAAUCAUAUUCUGUAAAAUCUUCAAUAUAAUACAUAGAUUAACCCAAGACUAAAAGCGAAGCUCCCAUUAAUAAACUUGUUAGCGGAUAAGUUUAAAAAAACACAUAACCUCAACGGGUCAGCAAUAUGGUCAUAUGAUACUGAUCAGGGGAUACCCUGUUUUGACAGCUGUCAAUUGACCACAAUAGGGAUGUGCAAUAGGGUUUCCAUACUAGCUAGAAAGUAUGAGAUUUCAUAUUGGUUUUCAUAUUGGUUACCCUGUGGUUCAGACGGAUGGUCGGAGGAAGGUACGGUGACCACCAAAAUUUCUCAGAUCUAUAGAUAACCAAAUUUUCUUAGCCAUGGAGCUCUGCUUAUGCAUCUGCCACUAGUAAGCAGUCCCCAGGGCUGAAAUGAGACAUUUUUCCCGGUUAUGAUACAGAUUGCUUUCACCAUAAGGACCAUGAUACAAUUUUUUUCAUCAUUGUAACUCACCAAUUUCUUUUCACGUAAUUCUACCGGCUAUUUUGACUCACAUGCUAACCCAAGGAAGCAUAGCAAAGCCAAAAAAAUCAGUCUUUUUUAUGUUUUUACCUUCUUAAUUUCAAAUUUGAAAUUUCUUUUUGCUUCAGCUGAGUCUUCAUGUUGAUUAUACCCCUGGGUGAUUACACUCUGCAGAACUUCAUCUCCCUAUAUAUUUACAGUUCUAUUUUUGUUUUCUUUUAGCCAGGUUGUGUGUCUGUAACUGAAAUUGAUAUUAAAAAGGCCUGCAAAGCAGCUGAUACAUCUCCAAAAAGAAAGAGAAAGGUAUAAAGCAUCAUGUGCAGUGAACAUAAUUAUCAUCAUCAUCAUCAUCAUCAUCAUCAUUAGUAAAAUCGAACUAGUGGUCUAUUAUCAAUGCUGCAUUCUGAUUGGUUGAGCUACCACUAGGCUGAAUGUUAUAGCCCACUAAUAGCAAAAAGCGCUGCCUUUUUGGCGGCAAAAAAUGGAUUAAAGUCUAGCUUUAACCGGCUAAAGUUGUUUUGUCUUGAUAUUUUUGACCAGCUAGUUGAAUUUUACUAAAACAGUUAUUCCUCUCGCCCUCAUGGCCUCUGAGUCAAUAGAGAGUUUUAGAUCCGAGUUUACCACAAACCUCUAACCGCGGUUUGCCAUUACCCGUUUGCGGUUCGAUGAUCAAACAUUAUUCGAUUUAGAUUGGUGGUGAAUUAAAGAAGCCAUUCUAGGUUUAUUUUUCCAUUUAGAAAUAGAAGAAAUAUCAAUCAGUGAAAAUAAAAGAAAUUUACGGUAACACUGGGUUAUCUAGCAGCAAAGAGCUGUAAAUUCUUAAAUGAGUUCUUUUUGCAAAUUUACGGCCGCCAUUUUGAAUCAGCAGCCGUGAAUAGCCCUUGUUUUCAAGAUCCAAUAGGAUUUAUCAAAUUUAGCCAUUUUGCCCGAAUUUGUGCCUCUGCUAAUGGAUCAAGACUUGUUCCACAAGAUUUUUCUAUCAUUACGUGAGAUACAACAAGAAUUAUACGUUAAAAGCUUUCAGGUAAAUGACAUACGUGAAAACAUACCUCCCCACGUUGAAAAUGCACGUCGUAAACCUCAAACGUGACGCGAAAGACUUGUCACGUGACCUCCAACGGUUAGAGGUUUCGCGGUAAACUCGGAUCUAAAACUCUCUAAUAGCCCAUUUGAGCUGGACGAAUAAUUGUUAAUUAUCAUCAUCCUCAUCAUCAUCGUCUCCUUCUUUUUCACCAUCACUAAUAAUUGCGAUAAUUGUGAUCAUUAUUAUUUCAAAUUGUCCGUUAGCAUUCCUUCUAAUUUUUUUCCACUUCUAUCAUAAGAUCAUUGAGUAGAUUUUCCUCCUGGGCAAGUAACCCUUUAAGCUCACUUUCCCCAAUGGGUAAGGAUCCAGGCAAGUAAAAUCAUGAACUAAGACAAGCAAACAAGGCCCCGAGCAAGAACAAUCAGGAAUUCAAGUUGGCUUUGAGCCCUGGAAACAGGCACAAAAUAUUAACAUAAAGCAAUGUAAUAAUUUCUGCUUGUCUGUUUCAGGACCGUUUUUGGAAUAAUGAUUCAUUGUCUUCCUCAUCUGCUUUGGAUGGAAUUAAAGAGGAGGUAGAAAUCUUUAACAUCGAUAUGGGCAAAGUACAAUCAUGGACAAAAGUCUUGGGUCAAAUUUGCAUUUGUUGCACAUUUCUCAAUACUCAGGAUUUGGCGAGAAACAUGCGCCCGGUUUCCAAGCGCGGGAAAAAAUAUAACCGGUGCACGUGUGAAAAGCACGUGACACUUGUUGGGGCCGGGUCUAGAAAGGGUUUAUAUUAUUAUUACACUAUGCCCAACCCUCCCCCCGACCCACAUACAGUGUUGGAACCCAUGAAUCAGCUUAAGGUGUUUCCAUAUAGUAUUUUAUAGACCAUACCGAUAUUUUUCCAUCUGCUCUAAUGUGAUUCUAUCCUCAUCCGAUUGCCAUAAGAUAUUCACCAGUAAGUGGCUUUUAAAGUUUGUUGAAAUGUAGUUUUAAGUUAAAUCGAUAUUACCAUGACAGUGGUAAAAAAAAAACCGUGAAAUCAGUUAAAGACGAAUUUCGUGCAAUCGAGACCUUUCACUGAAAAUCCAGAGUCACCUUGUCGUGAAAAGUUUAAGGCGAUUGAAAAAUAUGGGCAUGGUCUCCAAAAGACGGUAUCAAAACACCUUAAAUGUUCCAACAUCGUACUGAGCAUGGGGGUGAAAAUUGCAAGGCAUUAAUUAAUUUUGUAAAAAUUAACAUAACACUUCAUUAUGAAGGCAUCCUGAGUUCACAGGUAAUAGCACACUCUCCCAAGGUGUUUUGUUCAGGAUUGUAUUUCAGCUGUCCAGUGCGAAAACAAGUUGAUCAAUGCAUUCUGUAUUGUAUGCUUAAUUGGUAAAUUUUAUUACCUUUUUUUUACUUAAGGUGAAAGAAUUACGGGAGCAGUUCCAUAAAAGGCGAAUGAAGACUUCACAGGCUUCAGAAAGGUAGGUAACACUUUUGUAAUUAUUGCCAAAAACAAUUUGUGGCCAGAAAUGGUCAGGGAACAAAUUCUUCAAGGUCAGGAAAUUUCACCUUGAGUCGGGGAAAGGAUACUUAUUUACUGCCAUUUUAGUGAAUGGAAUAGAAGUAAAAUAUUAUUUAAUGAAAUCGAACUAUAAGCUGAUGCUGGGUUUCCAAGAAAAUCAAUCCUUUAACCACAUUACGUUAUCAAUUUGUGACUUGCUGAAUGCAGAAAUGAAUGGGUAAAGAGAGACGGCUUAGACGGGAGUUUGGAGGCCAUUAUCAGGACUGAUUUGUGAAAUUUUUAAUUCAGUUGAUCAGGAAACGUUUAUUUUUUUCUCGGAAAAGACAGGGAAUGUCAAAAACCCAUGGCAGUAGCAACCAUAUCAGUGCCUAAGAAAUAAACAAGGAGAUGGGGAGGGGGCGGGGUGGUAACUGUGAGAAUAAAAGAAAACAAAGUAGGAUAAAGAUGAGAGGGAGCUGGGAAAUAGAAAGGUAUACACUAAGAAAGGAGAGGGUAGAAACUGGUGGUGUUAUAGUGAUAUGAACAUCCCCGUGGUUUGGGCAUCCCUAUUCCCAAAACCGUAGUGAUAUGGGCAGAGAAAGGGCGGGAAUGAGAGAGUAAGGGGCUUGAAAUAGAAGAGAAAAUGAGAACUGGCGGAGAAAGAAGGUAUUAACUGAAGGGUGAAAGGGAGGGAACUGGAGAAGUGGGAGGGAAUUGAGAGAGAAAGGGAUGGGAACUGUAGAGAAAGGGGAUUUGAACAGGGUGGGGAACGAGCAGGAACUUUGAUGAAAAGGGAUUGGAGCUCAACCAUCUCCCGUGCAACACUCAUGCAUGAGCUGUAUUCCCAAUACUUUUGCUUUUCUAUCUUUUGUUGGCAGUUUUGUUCAAAGAUGUGAGCAAUAUGCUGAAUAUGAUGCCUUCAUCUGUACACCAGACCCUUCAAAUCCAUGGAUUACAGAUGAUGUUACUCUUUGGGAACAGGAUAAAAGUUUGUACGUCAGUUAUGUAUCAACAGAUUUAUUCACGCCUUCAAAAUCAAAUAAUUCUAUCUUUGUUCUGUGUUAACCAAGAAGCUGAUGACAUGAUGAUCCUUAUUAGAACAAACGAGGUUCAGUUAUCGUGUAUGUAAACCCUAGGGAUAAUGUUUCGUUUUACAAUUGCUUUUUCCCCCGGGUAGUAGUCCCUAUUAUGACCCAUACGGGGAGGCUUCACCUGAAAGGGAAACCUUUUUCAGCUGAUGCCAUGAUGUUUCUUAUUAGGACUAAGGAGGUUCGUGUAUCGUGUUUGUAAACCCUAGGGAUAAUGUUUCUCGUUACAACUGCUUUUUCUCCCUGGGGAUACACCCUAUUUGGACCCGUACGGGGAGGCCCCACCCGAAAGGAGAACCACUUUUUAGGUUCCAGAAAUAUGAAAGGGUAUGGAUUUCAUUACUUGAAAUAUAUGAAAGGGUAGGAAAUCUGUCAUUGUGGUCUGUGAAAGGACCUAACAGUGCUAACAGGCGCAUUAUAUGGUUAUGAAAAAGACAAGAAGAACUUCCUGGUUUAGUGAUCUAUUCAUAUUUAAAAGACGGUGCGCUUACAGCAGUUAAAAGUGAUGCAGCGUUCUAACCUAGUGUGUGAAUAUGUGAAGGGGGGUACCAUUUGUUAGUAAAAGGUCUACUAAUAGGGUGCCUGUUCUGUCAAGAAUGGUAUUUGAAAGGCUAAGGGUUUUACCCCUGGGUGGAGCCUCCCCGUAUAAAGUUUUGUGGGGUACCCCUUGGGGCUUCUUUCUCACAUAUGACUUCAAAAUAUUAUAACCCUUUCUAAUGCUUCUAUUAAAAGAGUGAUUGUUUAAAGUGCUGACAUCUUUUCGCUAAAUUUCUUGUUAUACUAGCACGGUUUUCAUUGGACUAUAAGUCGACAGUUUCUUAGUCUCCCUCGCAGCUGUUUUUGUCUCGUCACGCAACUCUCCUGUUGGGGAGGAGCGUUGCAUGACGAGACGGGCGAGACUAAUAGUUUCUUUUUUAAAAGUAUUUUGAAAGAUUACUCCACCACGGACCCAUUAUUUACCUCGCUUUGCACAAUAUUUUCAGGCAUUAUGUACCUCCUCGUCGUGUUAAGAUGUGGGGAUUUUCUUUAUCUGAACUACUCGCUGAUCCUCUGGGAAGAAGACACUUUACACGGUUUUUGGAGAAGGAAAUAAGCGCUGAAAAUCUAGGGUGAGAACUUUGCUCUUUCUUGUUAGUAUAAAGAUUUUUCCCCGUAAGGUGCUGUCAGUUUGACUGUCAAAUAGUUAAAGUUUGAGGUUUUUAAGUUUUCUGCUUUAUGAUUCGCCGAAAAGGUCUCGUGUCGCUUUGUCAACCAAUCAGAAGUUGAACCAGAGCAAAUCGUAAAUUGUUUUUAUUCAUCAAUCCAUGAAGCCUUAUAUUUAUUUAUUUAUUUAUUUAUUCAUUUAUUUAUUAUUUAUUUAUUUGUGGAGGCGUGUGUGAAGGAGCGCUUAACACCUCGAACUCCGGAUCUGGAGGUCGGGGGUAACCGGUUCAAGCAAGGAACAAGGAAGGAAGACAAGGAACUUUACUCCACUUCAAGGCUGUCAUUAAGGGCCGGGGACCGGGGGUUUCCCCCGCCUUCCAUGAGUAUAACCCCCGGCUACUUCCAUAGGAAAAUAGAAGAAAAUAGAACCAAAAGAAAUCCCUAACUGCUUAAUUCCCCGCCCACUUGUUGUAUUUACCUGGCAACUUGAAAUCAGUUAUCUUAGUGAAAGCCCUGCCACUUGUCUCUCUUCACCCAGGUGUGUAAAUGGGUACCGGCGACAUGCUGCUGGCGGGUAACCCUGCGAUGGAUCAACAUCCCGUCAAAGGGGAAUGGGGGGUGGCAAUACUACUAGGCAAGCUUCAUGCUAAAGAAACCGAGAUAAGCUCUGGCCUUUUGGGUCUUUAGCUCGUGUGCGCCUUUACCUUUUUUACCUUAUGUUAUUUUAUUCUUAACUGCACAGAGUGAUUACGUCACUACCAGAUCUAACGGUUUCAUGUCUCUAUACACUGACCGAAUAAACCUUUUAUUAAAAGUGAUAAAUCUGGCUUAAAGAAACAUUUAAAUUUACAUUGUGCAAAUAUACUGUACUGUAAGCUAAUGCAUUUCGUUACUAUAUUCUGAUUGCCAUUUUAGAUUCUGGCUAGCUUGUGAACAACUGAAAGCGACGCCAGUGAAAAACGUCCCAAGUAAAGCCCAAGAAAUAUUUAAGUAAGUAGUCCCUGCUCUUUUUUACGGGUAUUAAAAGCUACUUUUAAGCUCAACGGAAAGUAAGAGAAAAAGGAAUCCGUUGUCUCACUUGAGAUGGAACUCGGAACCUCUUGCACAGGCUGCCCACUAACCAACUGUAAUAAUCCGUCUUCCUCGUUAAACCAUUUUGUGAAACACCCUAUGAACUAUUCAUUUUUAGACAUGAUGGCUUAAAAACAAUUCGUAAGACGAAAUAUUUGAAGAAAGGACUAAAAUCACUCUGUUUAUUUAUUUAUUUAUUUAUUUAUUUUCUUCAGUGAAUAUUUAUCUGAAAGUGCAACGUCGCCAAUAAACGUGGAUUGCAAGACCAGAGAAGAAGUGGAAGUAAACUUGAAACAUCCUGGACGAUACAUGUUUGACGCAGCCCAGGUAUUGCACAAAAUCGGAUAUUUUAAAAGCGCUUGUGAUGAAUUAACUGGUGUUCUAUGGAGAACGGGCGCUUUUUUUGCGUUUUUCAGGCGAACAAAGUACGAACAUGGCGUAGAGCCUUCCCCCACGGCGCGUGUUGUGCGCUCCUCGUUCGCUUCCCGCUUGCCUUCGCUCGCCUGAAAAUUGCGGAAAGCUAACGCCUGUUUUGCAGACUACACAUGGACUGGACUGUUCUUGGUUUUUUCUAGUCUGCUACACAGCCGUUUUCAGUGUCGUCACGCAACGCUCCUCCCCACUAUUAGUGGGGACGAGCGUUGCGUGACGACACUAAAAACGGCUGUGUAGCAGACUAGGUUUUUUCCCGCCUAUUCAGAUGCCCCGGUAUUAAAGCCUGUCCUGUGAGUAGCAUUCCACGAGGACGUUCUUGGACGUUCUUCCGAACCGCCUAAGUCACUGACUGAAAAAUCAUCUUUCUGAUGUAUUUACCUGGCUCCAAAUUCACCAUCACAUUUCUGUCAUUCGCAAGUCAUUCAAACAAAGAAAUGUCAUCUGAUUUUUAACAAAAAUAACCAGCAACACUGUUCUACAUCUUUUUAUUAUUUCCAUUCCUAGGAUCACAUUUUCCAGUUGAUGAAGUCGGACAGCUAUCGACGUUUCAUCCGCUGUGAUCAAUAUAAAGAACUUUUAAAGGCUCCUGCUAAUAAACAGAAAAGGUUGGUUAGCUAAGGAAUAACUUGUUAACUUCCGAGUGUCAAUUCCCGCGGUUUCCCUAGUCUAGACUAAAAUCAUCAAACCACUGAUAAGUUUCUUGGAAAAUUAUUAGUACCCUAUUCUAGAGCCCUUUCCACUAAUCCGUUUUCAAAACGAUAGAAUUACAUGUUGUGAGGUAAGUUGAACUCUGUGUGCAUUCUACAAACACACGCACCUGUGAUAUUUUCGGUCAUCUUUUUCAUUUUGAUGCGUUUUCGACCUGCCACGCUGAUACGAUUUGUAUGCGUUUUCGUUUUGAUCCACUUUCCAGAGCGUUUUUCGAAAUUUAUUGAAAACGCACACGGCCUUAUAUAGCCCAUAUAUGGCAGUAACCCUCCCCCUUGGCCUUCCCGCGGAUCAAAUCAAUUCUAUAUUUAGACACGUAACACCCAGGAGCACCAAAGUUCUCGUUAAAACGUGUACGUGUAUACAAAUUUUAAAAAAAAUUUAAAAGUACACUAGUAACCUGUACAUUACUAGUAUUAAAAUGCUAACUGUAAAUUUACAAGCCCUACACUUAAUUGAUUAUAUUCAACAAACGCUGAGAACGAGCGCAAAUAUCUUUGUUCAUGUUUUACUAAGUUUUCAUUGUUGUUCCUUUUCAGCCCACUUCCCACAAACCCACUGCAUAAUUUGGCAAGGAUUGCAGGCAUAUGAAUCUACUUUCACGGUUCGUGCAUGGCGGCAUACAUGUUAGCCCAUAUUGCCUUGUUAUAGUCAUUUUGUUCUUUAUGUUUUUUGCAAGCUAUAAGCUGUUACCUGAUUUAUUUUUUAAUUGAUAGGUCGAAAAAACUAAGCUGCUUGUUAUUUUUAGGUUAUUUUAUAAAGCAUGGCGUUUAAUGUUAUUUCACUCUUAAACUCACUAAAACCCCUAAACAGUAUGGAAUUUCUGCGCUUGUUUCUCUGACGUCAUUGGCGGGGAAACCAGUGGUAGCGUCGCCAAAUGUCGGCUGUUUUUUCAGGCUACUGUAACUCUAGCAAGGUUGUCCCGGAUUUCAAUGUGCGUAAACUAGUUUCCUUUUCUGUGAUGUUUUCUGAAAAUCAACGAAAACAAUCUCUUCUAGCCGGGCGAUGGUAUAAAUUUUUUUUGCAGUAAUCAAUAAAGGGAUCCGUAAAAUAUUUUUGCUCGCUUAAGUAUACAAUACUGGCUAACAAAAAAAAAUAAUAAUUUGUUGGUCAAUUUGGUCGACAGAAUUUUCGAUUCCAAGUUAAGUGGUCUGCAUUUUUUACUCUGAAUUACUGCCGUAUAGGACAUAUUUUGACAUGGUUUUUCGCCAGAAAUCAAAAUUUCCCAAUGCUUGUAGCGGCUACAGCUGUGGAAUAAUUCAGUAAUAACGGCUGUCUACAUAAAAAUGGAUUUUCACUCUCUCCAGGUCCUCCGCAAAAUUUUGACAACCACUCCCCAGUCUCCUGCUAGUGGGGGCCUGGGAGCUUGGUUGAAUUGUUUUCUUCAGGAAGUAGAAUUUGUUAUAAUUUUUUCUGUAUUUUUAUUACGAGCGGUGCCUGAUAAUUGUAAAUAGUGAGCGUUGUCUUUUCGUAGCCGUCUAUUGAUGGGCCACAAGAGUUUGUUAAAGCUUAACGACCCUACAAACGGCUUAAAACAGCAAAGCAACUUAGAGCCAGGGCCUUCUUGAAAAUGAUGUCAUGGAUCCGCUGCCAUUUUGAUUGGAUUGGACUGCUGGACCCGGUUGCUAAAGCAACUUAAGAUAAAGUGCAAAUUUUCUGCAACCGUUUCCCUUAUUCUGAUUAUUUCUUUUACGUUGACGUUUAGACGAGCCAUUUUGAGGAUUGGCUCGAGUCUGGGUAGGUGUUGGUAUUGUUGGUAUACUUGCAAUAUUCGCCACUUUAGAGAGGAGACUGGACGGAGUCAACUUUCACAAUGACUUCUGGGGUAGCCUCCCAUGCAGACGUUCUUAGGGGUUCUUCACGCGUUCCAGGAACUCGUGACGAACCCCUAAGAACAUCUGCGCGGAAGGCUAGGACUGUUACGGGAAAUUCGUAUGUCGCAAUAACCCACGCGAAACUCGUUUUUUUAUUAGCGUCACUCAAGUUAACCUCUGUGGGGCGGAGUAAGAAACUGGACGUGAGACCCGCCGCGAAUAUGGUCGUGAAGGUCCCUUCUUUGUUCUUUUUUUUCUUCUUCUUCUUUCCGUAUUGCCCGGUUUUGUUUUUAAAAUUAUAUUGAAAAGCGUAUUGAACAUUAUUUCGGCCGCCGGAUUAAGAAAAAAAAUACAAACAGGGUAGUUUGCGUGCAAAUUUUCAUACUUCAGGGCUGAGUUGCUCAAAGCAUGGUUAGCUUUAACCAUUGGUUAAGCAGCAUCAAAACCAAUACGUUGUCAAGGUACUAAACGCUGGUUAACGCUAACCGUGCUUCGAGCAACUGGGCCCAGGUCGUAGAACUGAGCUGAGAGUGGUUUGGGAAACAAAUCUUGACCCAGUUACGUAAUAGCCAAUAAAAGAAGCGAUCAUGUCCUCGAAACAUCCCCAUGGCCCAGUCUCUCGCCCCACCGCUAAAGGGCCAAUAGGAAACACUUAUGGAGCAGGAUAAUAUACUAUGUCAAUUUAUCCACCUUGACGGAGAGAACAUGAAUUCGUUGAAACGUUUGCAAAAAUUUCCCACUUUAUCGAAAGUUGCUUCAUGCAGCCGUUACCUGGUUCCUUUUAAACGAAGGCUUCUCGCGAGUUUCUUAAUAGUCUUAAUACCGUGUGGCACGAAAUUUUUGCGGGUUCUAAUUUUUGUGAUUUUUCCAGCGAUCCGCAAAAAUAAGUUCCCGUAAAUAAAAAUUACCGUAAACAAAUUUUCUAACUUACAUUCGCUACACAAUAAUACAGUACUAAGAAAUCAUGUCUGUUUAAUCACUUGUCUCUUUCAUUCGGAAACAAAACGGUAUACAACGAAAUACUGGUUUAUUGUUUGAAAAUGUGCGUUUUUAUUGCUCGUACUCAAUAAAAACGAAAAUAUUAUCAUUGCUGGGUACUGGGUACUUUCUGAAAAUCGCAAAAAUUAAUUCCCAGCAAGAAAAACCAAUCUUUCCUUAUCGCAAAAAUGAACUACCGCAAAAAUUUCGUGCCACACGGCAGUAGCUUAUUGUUAUUGAGAGAAGCCCAUAUGGCCCUUGUUAUACAUUCGAGAUACGUUGUAGCUCAUUGUUACACACAGAAGCCCAUAUAGGCUCCUGUUAAACAACUGCCGAUUAGCUUUUGGUGCCAACAGAAAAAGCUAUUCGUUGUAAUAUGAACACCUAUCGAUGUGUGACUCUCCUCUUAACCCUUUAAGCUCCAAGAGUGAUCAGCAUCAAAUUUCUCCGUGUAAUGUCGAUGCUUUGUAAAACUGAGUGGACAUGAGAAUUAAGGAUAUGAUCACACAAGAUGAAUUUGCUUGAUAUUUUAUCGACUUCUCCCCACUACUUCUAUAGGAAAUGAAUAGGGGCAACAAAUGAGAAUUUCAGUUUUGAUCCUUGGGUUUGAAGGGUUAAGCGAUCGGCGCGCGCAGCUUUACUCGGUCACGGAAAUCGCGCCCAAAUCACCGUCCUUGUGUGUGAACCGAAGCCCUUAUCCAGUGUGGUUAUCCUGCCAGCUUAACCCUUUAAGCCCCAAUAUCCACAUAUAAAUUCUCCAUACUGAUCUUAAUACAUUUCUUUAAAGAAUUAGUUGAGAGAGCUUGAUAACAGAUCAAAGCAUUUCCUCUUUACUGGUCAUUUUAUUAACUCUCAUAACCAUUUCUCUUGGCAACAUAUGGAUAUUGUUAGGAGAAACUUGAUGUUGGUCACUAUUGGGACUUAAAGGGUUAAAAGCUAUCCUGUAUAGCGUGAACACGCCUCAGAUACGUUUUACCUUGGCAUAGCAGCUUCCCUAGUCCGGUCCAAGGUUCCAAAAUGCUUUGUUGAGAUAAACGCCAAAUAACUUAACAGCUAGGAAAUUAAUAUAAUGAUUGUACGAUAAUAGAAAAUGAAUGGAACAUUGCUGUAUUAAGAGUUAUUAGAGUUGUAAUUGUGUCAAUAACAAAAUGCUUGAAUCUGAUUGGUUCUUAACAGCCAAUAUUUAUAGCUUAACUUUGCUAUUGUAACUCCAUAAUUGUCCGAUUACCAGGAGCAUGUAAUCGGAUAGGUCAAAUCAGACAGUUAAACAACCAAUGAAAAUCAAGUGGCAAAUGCCACUAGCCAAUGAAAUUUGACUACAUAGCACGUGAUAACCAAUCAAAAUCAAUGAAAAAAUAGUGACCAGGUAAGCUAUCCAGCUUCAACUGGAAAAAAAGUGGAUUAAACUAACUGGUCCAAUGACUUAUAUUUACAUUAAUAAAUAUUCCAAGACUGAAAUUCUCGCAUUUUGUUAUUGACAUAAUUAAUUGGUAAUAAGACUUCGUGUAGUACAAUUUAGGGGUAAUUGGCCUCGUAAUUUCAAAUGGGAGCGCGUAUUUGA